AUGGACAGGCUCAUAAGACUAGACCCAUCAAACAUAGUCCCAAUAAGGGUUGAACCAGGGCAAAAAUGUCAUGGCCAAAUCACCUUACGCAAUGUUAUGUACACCAUGCCAGUGGCCUUUAGGCUUCAACCAUUGAUCAAGACCCGUUACACAGUGAAGCCUCAAUCAGGGAUCAUAUCCCCUUUAGCCACACUAACUAUAGAGAUCCUUUAUCAUCUCCCACAAGGCUCUAAUCUCCCACACUCUUAUCCUUAUUCUGAGGACUGUUUCCUCCUACACAGUGUGGUUGUUCCUGGAGCAACCAUCAAAGAACCUUCCUCCAUGUUCGAAGCAGUCCCCAAUGACUGGUUCACCACCAAGAAAAAACAAGUCUUCAUUGACAGUGGCAUCAAAAUCAUGUUUUUAGGCUCACCCAUCUUGGCUCAACUUGUUGCAGAUGGCUCAAUGGAUGACAUAAGAGAAGUUCUUGAAUGCUGUGACCCAACAUGGAAACCCGUUGACUCAAUAGACUCACAAGGCCAUACACUACUCCAUUUGGCUAUUUCACAAAGAAGACCAGACCUUGUUCAAUUACUCUUAGAAUUCAAGCCAGAUAUAGAAGCAAGAAACCGUUCUGGUUCAACUCCACUUGAAGCAGCAUCUUCCUCAGGAGAAGCCUUAAUAGUUGAGCUUCUAUUAGCUCACAAGGCCGUUACAGAGAGAACAGAAUCAUCCACAUGGGGACCAAUUCACCUAGCAGCAAAAGAAGGACACUUAGAAGUUUUGAGGCUCUUAUUACUCAAAGGUGCAAAAGUUAACUCACUCACCAAAGAUAACAACACAGCUUUACACCUUGCAGUUGAAGAGCGUAGAAGAGACUGUGCUAGACUCCUACUGGCAAACGGUGCAAGAACAGAUAUACGCAAUGCAAGAGAUGGUGACACCCCUCUACACAUAGCAGCAGCCAUUGGUGAUGAGAACAUGGUCAAGCUCUUGCUCCAAAAGGGUGCAAACAAAGAUGUGAGAAACAUACUAGCCAAGACUGCAUAUGAUGUUGCAGCAGAGAAUGGACACACGCGCAUCUUCGAUGCGCUUCGGUUUGGGGACAGUUUAUGCGUUGCAGCGAGAAAGGGUGAGGUUAGAACAUUACAGAGAUUGCUUGAGAGUGGUGCAGCCAUUAAUGGAAGAGACCAACAUGGAUGGACAGCGUUACAUAGAGCAUGCUUCAAGGGAAGAAUAGAUGCUGUUCGUGUUCUUCUUGAGAAAGGGAUAGAUGUGGAUGCAAAGGAUGAAGAUGGUUACACUGCGUUGCACUGUGCUGCAGAGUCUGGACAUGGUGAUGUGACAGAGGUGUUGGUGAAGAAGGGUGCAGAUGUUGAGGCUAGAACCAAUAAAGGUGUUACUGCGUUGCAGAUAGCAGAGUCUUUGCAUUAUGUUGGGAUAACUAGGGUACUUCUCAAUGGUGGGGCUAGUGGGGACAAUAUUGGUCAAGUGGUAGAGCCAGAACCUGCAGUGAUUCCAGUUGAAGGUAAAAUGAUGAAGAUGAAAAUGAAGAUGAAGAAGAAGAAGAUAGGAAGAAGUGGAGAGGUUCGGGGUAGCUUUGAUCGUUCAACGGCUUUGGCUGUGCUUUAG